GCUUGUCAACCACGUACAUAGUGGCAGCAUCGGCGUCAGAGCGCUUGUCUACCAUGUUCAGGACCGGCAAAUUAGCUUCCGAACGGGUGUCUAUGUUUUUGAAGUUGUUACUCCUCUGUGGAGGUGCAGUGGCCAUUGAGAUAUAGAUCUCACCUGGGGAAGAUGGUGCUCCAGCGACUAUAGUCACAAGAAGAGCCGCAAUCGGCAAAAUAUUCUGGAGCUGCAUUUUGUUUUUUGCCUGUUGACUCCUCUAGAAACCGACACUGUUCAAGAUUCGAAUGGAAUUUCAAGUUGCAGAUCUUGGGUAGAGAAAACUAAUAUUGAACUAUAUUCGUGUUGUGGAUUUCAAGGCCAGGUUAACAUAUAUUUAUGCAGCAGAGUUGUCGGAUGCGCAUUCUGUGAUUUUGGUAACUGAGUACAGCUGAAUGAUGCAGUCAUGAGGUGUGACACAUCCUUGGAAAACUUUCUUGACCGUGCAUAACUAUCAAUGACAUCCCCAGCUGUGAUAUUUACGCACCACUCCUGUCCUUUUAACGUUCCUCAAAAUGACUGUCAUAGAAAUCGUAUUAUUUGACUGGUCAAAGGCUGCUGCUAUGCGUAACCACUUGAAGGCCCUCAGCGAGAGGGCCGUCAACACCUUGUCAAAAGCAAUUGCCCUGUGGGUUUUGUCUCUUGGUCAGAGCACCACAAAGCUCACUUGAAAGAGAUGCCAAUAGAAAAGACUGUCAUCCAGCGGAAGCAAGUCAAGUUAGACUCAUGUCCGAAACUCCUAAUAGUCACACGCUUCGAUGUUCCGUCCAAUGUUUCCUUGGUCCUCUUCUACCCCUUAAUUCUUAAUUUCUCUUGCCCGAGAAAAUUUCUCUACCACGAGCCCUUUUUGUCCUUUAAAUAACAAUGGAGUGUAGGGAACAGAAACAUUCGAACGACGAUUCAUCAUUGCCUUCUUCCACAGAGAGUGCAGACACAACGGAUACAUUGCUCGAGAAGCCCCUAGCCCGCUAUCAUGAAAACACCCUACCAUUUUGGCGGGAACAUAUUAAAACUGUCCUUGCAACUGGUACAGCUUUUUUCUUCCUUGCCGCCUUCAGUGCAAUCGUUUUUGAGAAUAAUAUAAAGCUACAGAGAAAACUGCAAAGUAGCUUAAUAUACUCGCCCGCAAACGAGGCAUUGAAAUGGAACGUAGUUGAAUGGGAACAUGAUGAUGGUGCCCAUGGAGAUUAUGUGGGUGAACCACGACCUGUGCUUGAGAGAGCUUGGAGGGAUAUUUUUGAUAUUAUGAAUGUCAGGUUAUCAAAGCACGAUCUAGUCUCAGUAGGGCGGCUCGAGGAUGCUGUGGAAUUGCCAGAUGGUUCUGGGUUUGCUGGGACGCUCAAUGUCUUUCACGAACUCCACUGCAUUUGGUGGCUCUACAAAUACGUUCAUAAAGAUCACUAUUUCGAGGGUGCCACUCCCCAUGAACAAGCGAUUAUGAAACUGCAUUCUCACCAUUGCCUAAAUUAUUUACGCAAAACGGCCAUGUGCCACAGCGACGUGGGCAUCAUCACGUACAACUGGAAGCAGGGCACCCUGAAACCAAAGGCUACCGCAACGACCCAUCAAUGCGCAGACUGGAACCACAUAACCGAAUGGGCAAGCUCCAGGUCCUUCAAUAUGACGACUCCGGGAUAUAUUGUAAAUCCCACUUUAGGGCCUAUAUUCAAAGAAGGCGAGGAACAGGGAUUGGCCGUGGGCAUGCCAGAGCACGACGUGGACGUAGAUGUUGAUGCCAUUGGUUAGUGAUGGGACGGUAUCAUCACGGUUGUUUAUAUUAGAAGUUCUUUUUUUGUUCCAUUUUCUGUUAAUCCAAUCAGAUGCGAUCACAGCUGGUGUUGAUAGGUAACGAGUAGCCCUUAGCCACGGUCAACCCUCCUGUAUACCAAAUAUGUAUGUAUGUACUUUUCUUUACGAGAUUUAGAUAACUUGCAUAUUUUCAAACCAAGCACUUUUUAGUGAGAGCCAUAUAUAUAUAUUACCCAGUAGUUUAAGCCA